AUGAUUGGUUGUUUGACAUACGUUUCCACGGCCACGAGGCCAGAUAUAGCUGCAUCUAUCGGAGUUCUGUCACAGUUUAUGUCAGAUCCCAGCAAAACUCAUUUUCAAGGAGUGAAGCGAGUUUUGAGGUACAUAAAAGGGACAAUAAGUUAUGGUUUGAAAUUCAGUUGUGAUAAGAAUGACGAAUUACAUGGGUACUCGGAUGCUGAUUACGCAGGUAAUUUGGAUGAUCGUCGAUCAACCUCAGGAUAUGUUUUUAAGUUAGCUAACUCAACGAUUAGCUGGUCUAGCAAGAAACAAAGUACCGUCGCCAGAUCGACAACAGAAGCUGAAUACGUUGCCCUAAGCCAAGCUACCCAAGAGGUAAUCUGGUUACGACGAUUGUUGUCUGACUUGGGAUCUAAACCAGUGUCGCCCACUACUGUUCACGAAGACAAUCAAGGUGCCAUCGAAAUCGCACGAAAUCCAAAGUUCCAUAACAGAACUAAACAUAUCGAUGUUGCUUACCAUUUUGUUCGCGAAAGAAUAUUAUCUAAAGAAGUAAAAGUUUGCUAUUGUCCAUCAAAGGAUAUGAUAGCCGAUAUAAUGACCAAAGGAUUAUCUAAAGAUCAAUUCCAAAAACUCAGAAAUUUAUUGAACGUUCAAUCUUGUUAA